UAAGCGCCGCCAAAUACGGGACGAAUCUCGAGUUUCGCGCGCGCUGGCACCGCCCCAGCGCCGCCGAGCCUGCGGACUCCUAUUCGCGUCUAAUGCUCAUGGAAAACACGUAAAAACGCAUUUAUUUCUGUAGCCAGCGGCCUCUAAAUUUAGGCCGUAAAGCAAUACGAGCGAUUUUGGUCGCGGCCGCGUUGUCUGUAUUUAGACGAGACGGCGGGCGCGAGUCGCGGCUGCCUCUUGCCCAAGUGAUACCGCUGCAGCACUGCACCCGCCAGCUCGCGCGCCCGGAAGCGACCACUCGCAGCUCCCGCACGCUUGCAGGCGUCGGAACGGUUCCUCGGAGUGUGUCCUUCUUACACAGUGACAGUGCCCGGGAAUAGUGCCUCUAUUGGAUAGCGUGUCUAAGAGAUAGUGUCUUCAUCGGUGAUAGUGUCUCAGUCAAAGAUUUGGAUGUCGCAGAUGCUCCCCGAAGCUGGAGAAGUAAUGCGGCGCGCGGCAUGCGGCGACGUGUGUUCCGCGCCCGCGCCGCGCCUUCAUAACGCCACCACCAAAUCGUCAGAAAACAAAGAGCUGCUGCGUCAACAGCUCCUCUCCGCCAGCAAGGAUCGCAACGUAGAGAAAGCUGAGCCACCGAAAACAAAGCACACGAGAAGCAGACAGAAGAACCGAUGGAAGCUCAAAUUCCACCACCAGGCGCUGCCUCAGGAGUACCUCGAUCAUUAUGAGCAGAGUUUGCAGAAAGCAAACAACAAGAAACCAAUAGAAAAGCCAAAAGAACAAAACGCUGACAGUAACUUUACCAACGAGACGUUUAAAAUUUGGGCGCAGAGGCUUGCCGGAGUGCAGAAUGAGGCAGGGUCUUUGACUGCUCCUAAUUCUUUCAACAUGGCAGCAAAGAAGGACGAGAAGAAAAAGAAGCCCCCAGCAAUCGCACCCAGCAAGAUUGUGACUUACGAAGAUUUACCGUACAUGGGAGAGAUGACGUUGAACAAUUCUAAACCAAGACGCGGAAGGAAGCCAAAGAAAGCAGAUAUCUGUCAUUUAAUUUACGAAAAUUAUGGAACUGUAGUACCGGGACAGCCCCCCCCUCAAGAUCGACAAAACAAUCUUACAAUGGGCCCUCCGUUCAGAAGUGUAGAUGCACCACACAGUACGUCAAAAACAGAUUUACAAAAUAAGAUAAUCUCAAAUUUAUUGGAAAAGAAACUGUCACAAGAGUAUAAGAGGAGGUUAGAAAAUCCCUCUCCACAUCGAUUCUGCAGCCCCGAUGAACCAAUGCCAGAAGUGCCUAUAACUACAGCUGGUCCUUUGCAUAGUGAUGAUGAGCCCUUAAAUCUUUGCAUAAGAGAUUUACACGAUUUGAAGUUGCAAAUACAAAAGAAAUUUGGAAAUAUUUACACAUCCAUGCCUGAAGUUAAAGCAGAAAUUGAGGAUACUUCCGAGCAAGAAAGCGUCAAAAGCGAACAGCCAAAUGCAAUUUCUGUAAUUCAGAGGAAUACGAAUUGCCCCCCAACAGCCAAUAGUUCACCGGAUCUAUCGCGCAAAACUAGGAAUAUAUCGCCUACUCUAUCAGAACCUACUCAGUCAACAGCCAGUCUAGAUGAUGACAAAUUUCCAGGAUAUAUUUACUGGCCAAAUGCUGGAAUCUAUAUGCAUCCUUUAGCUCUACAAACACAAUUGUUGUACUACCAAAGGCUAGCAGCGUCCGGCCAGCUCCCAUUUCCUGCCGAAGAUCGUGACAAAUUGUCCACACCGGGAAAUGAGAAUAAUUUAACAGAUCAAUCUCCAGAUGAAAGUAAAAGCAAGUUAGUGCUCAAACAAAUUUCAGAACUUCUAGACCCUAAAGUUAUCAAACAAGUCGAAGAAACAAAAAGUCCGGAACCUCCAAAAAAGAGGGCGUCCCCUAAUCCCGCACAAGGUCCAGUAAAGAGGAAACGUUCGGCCAUAUUCAUACCGCCGAUGCCGGCCAAAAGUAAUUCCACAACACCUACAACUGAAGUCAGCAUUUGUAAAUUCAAGUUUACAGGGGGAUCAAAACCUUCAUUACAGGAAAAGAAGAUGUUAUCAGUGGAUUCUGGAGGAAACUUUAGAUACUACAGCGGGACCGGGACCAAAGGGAAUAAUAAAGGGUUCGAAUAUUUACAAAAAGACGCGAAUGCCGAUAGAACGGAAGCAGUCGGAACCUCAGUAUCAACUUUGCCAAAGGCUGAUACUCAGAACAGUGUCAAUCUCAAAGAAGAUUUAAACAAAAAGAAAAGGAAGUCCAGGAAAACAUUACAGAGGGAAAAGUUGGAGCAAACGUUUAAAGAAAAGGGGUUUUUAAUACAGACCCAACAACUGCAGUCAGCUGAAGGCGCCACGUAUUGUAAGUUUAGGCAACUGAGGAAAUUCACGAGGUAUUUGUUUAGGAGUUGGAAGGACUAUUUACCUGGCGAACUAGAUGAUAGGCAGAGCGCAGAAAUUGGACCCGAACCGACUGCAACUGAAAAUCAAAAUGUUGCGGGAGAAUGGACAAGUUGAAGUUCUAGGUUUAAUUUUAGACUUUCAAUAUCUUUUAUCUAUUUGGGAGAGUAUUAGGAAAUUUAAAUGGUGGGAAAGCUAUCGUAAAUCAGUAUUGUUCUUAUAUAAAUCAGUUGCCCUAUACUCUCUUGGACAAAUAAGAAUAUAAAAGCCAAAGACUAAAAAAAGCUACUUGAAAACUGCUGGUGGCUGAAUGAUGCAUUUAAAUAACAUAAUUGCCUGUUGUGAGACUUAUUGUUUGGGUGUUUUCAAUCGUUUUU